GCGGCGGCGGCUUUAGCCGAUGGCAGUGGCUGCUGCCCGGCGGCGGAUGCCAGCGGCGGCCGGGCGAUGGCGAGGAGCCGGGCGGCUUACGAGUACACGGAGGCGGAGGACAAGAGCAUGCGGCUGGGCUUCCUCCUCAUCGCCGCCGGCUUGCUCUCCCUCCUGGGUUUGGGCUGUUGCUGGCUUCGCCCGGCGCUGCAGGAGCGGGGCGGCGGCGGCUCCGCCAACUGCACGGUGCUGGCGGUGCGGCAGCUGGGGGAGCGCUUCGCCUGCACCUUCUCCUGCGGGGCGGCGUGCCGCGGCACCGCCCGCUACCCCUGCCUGCAGGUGCUGGUCCGCACCUCCCGCUCCUCCGCGCCCGCCCUGCUCCAUGAGGACGAGCGGCAGCUGCGCACCAACCCCAAGUGCUCAUACAUCCCUCCCUGUGCAAGAGAUGAUCAGGAGAACUCUGAGAACGUCACGUACAAGCAGAAAUACUGGAAGGAGAAAGUGGGAUCUCAACCAUUCACGUGCUACUUUAACCAGCACUUGAGGCCGGAUGACGUGAUGCUGAAGCGCACCCACGAUGAGACUGUUCUCUUGCACUGCUUCCUCUGGCCUGUGGUGACUUUGCUGGUCGGAGUCCUCAUCGUGGUCCUGACCAUCUGUGCCAAGAGCUUGGCUAUCAGGGCAGAGGCAAUAAAAAAGAGGAAGCAUUUGUGAGUGGUAAGGCUGCUUGUGGAAAAGAGAAACCUGCAAGAAGGUCUGAGGUGGGGCAGCCUGACACCCCUGCAGGUCUGUGGGGCACCCAGCUGCAUCUCCUGCCAGGGUCUGAUCUGUGGUGGAGUAGCUCUUGUCUCAGGACUGCUCUUGGGAGAUUGCCCCGUGAAAUGCCUGCUAAUUGCUUCUUCUGCUAUGGCACUAAAUAAGUAUAUCCUGCAAAAAAAAAAGAGAGAAAUCUACACUGCACCAAAUAUGCUGUGUGCUGUUAGUGCUGAAGAGCAGCUGCCCAGAAACUGAGACGGUUUAUGAAACUCCCUGGUGAUGUUGCUUUCAUCUCCACAAGGCGAUCUUUGCUAAUAUUUAAUAUGAAAUAUUUAAAAUAUUUACUUUAGAUAGAACAUAUUUCUAGAAUAAUAAAAUUUUAUUGUUU